AUGGGAAGCUACACAAUGAAAUUAAAAGCCUGGCGAAGGUGUCAGGCCCGCAGCACCGAUGGAACAGGCCUGCUGGCGGUAGUGAUCACUGGGGGCACUUGGGCUCUUGUUACUUCUCCUAUUAGAGGGGCCCUUCUCUCGGUGACCAGGAGGCCGCACCCUUCUCAGGAACAGGAUUCACUGGUGUCGGUCCCCAGAGAGACCGCAGCCGGAACCGAAAGGCCGAUUCCCGCGGUGCCGCGCUCCCAGAGACAGGCGGGGCCGUGGGGUCUCCCCGCUCUCCACGCAGGGGCGGCGGGGCGGGGCGCAGUGACGCCAGGAGGAGUGACGCGCGACGCAGCGCGACGCGGUGACGCACGCCCCUUUGUUGGCUCAGUAGCGGUAGCGGCGGCCGUGGAGGUGGCGCUGGGGACUGUUUUCUCUCAGAGGCCGGAGCAAAAAACUGAGGCGGGCGGCAAGCGGCCCCCUCGCUCCCUCCCUCCCUCCUCCGCGCCCUCCCCGCCGCCGCCAGCCGCGGCGUCCCCGCCCUCUCCCCGCCUCAGGGCCAGCGUCCGCCGGGCCGUCGCGUGUCGCGCCAUGGACUCGGACGAGGGCUACAACUACGAGUUCGACGAGGACGAAGAGUGCAGCGAAGAGGACAGCGGCGCCGAGGAGGAGGAAGACGAGGACGACGAUGAGCCGGACGAUGAUAACCUGGAUCUGGGCGAGGUGGAGUUGGUGGAGCCCGGGCUGGGCGUCGGCGGGGAGCGGGACGGACUGCUGUGCGGGGAGACGGGCGGCGGCGGCGGCAGCGCUCUGGGGCCCGGCGGUGGCGGUGGCGCUCGAAAGUCAAAGAAGUUGGGCAAGUUAAAAGGUAUUCACGCCCCACCCCCGCCCCCCCAGAGCCCCGAGGAAGGGACAACGUACAUCGCUCCCGCGAAAGAGCCCUCAGUCAACACAGCGCUGGUUCCUCAGCUCUCCACAAUCUCACGAGCACUCACGCCUUCCCCUGUUAUGAUCCUUGAAAACAUCGAGCCUGAGAUUGUGUAUGCAGGCUAUGACAGCUCAAAACCAGAUACAGCCGAAAACCUACUCUCCACUCUAAACCGCUUAGCAGGCAAACAGAUGAUCCAAGUCGUGAAGUGGGCAAAGGUACUUCCAGGAUUUAGAAACUUGCCUCUUGAGGACCAAAUUACCCUAAUCCAGUAUUCUUGGAUGUGUCUAUCAUCAUUUGCCUUGAGCUGGAGAUCGUACAAACAUACAAACAGCCAAUUUCUCUAUUUUGCGCCAGACCUAGUCUUUAAUGAAGAGAAGAUGCAUCAGUCUGCCAUGUAUGAACUAUGCCAGGGGAUGCACCAGAUCAGCCUUCAGUUCGUUCGACUGCAGCUCACCUUUGAAGAAUACACCAUAAUGAAAGUCCUGCUGCUGCUAAGCACGAUUCCAAAGGAUGGCCUCAAAAGCCAGGCUGCAUUUGAAGAAAUGAGGACAAAUUACAUCAAGGAACUGAGGAAGAUGGUAACUAAGUGUCCCAACAAUUCUGGGCAGAGCUGGCAAAGGUUCUACCAACUGACCAAGCUUCUGGACUCCAUGCAUGACCUGGUGAGCGACUUGCUGGAAUUCUGCUUCUACACCUUCCGAGAGUCCCAGGCGCUGAAAGUGGAGUUCCCCGCAAUGCUGGUGGAGAUCAUCAGCGACCAGCUGCCAAAGGUGGAGUCCGGGAACGCCAAGCCCCUUUACUUUCACAGGAAGUGACAGAGGACGUCUCACCAGGAGAGCUUUGCCUUAAGUUUCCCAUGCUGUUCUACACCCACGAAGGACCCAAGAAAUCUGAUUUUUAACAUGUGAUGGUUGAUUCCUAUUUGUUCACCAGUUUCUCAAGUUUAAAAUCACGUCAAGGGUUUGGAGCCGGGAAAGCAGUGUGACAUGGAUUUGGCAAGACCUGAGCAGUCGGAAGGACUCUUCCCUCUCCGAUCCCCAGCGCUUAGAAACACGUUCCUGUUCCUCUGGAUGAAAAGCCAUAUCUAGUCAAUAACUCUCUGAUUUUGAUAUUUUAACAGAUGGAAGUUUUAACUAUGCCAUGUAGUUUCUGGUAUCGUUCGCUUGUUUUAAAAGGGUUCAAGGACUAACGAACUUUUUAGAGCUUACCCUUGGUUGCACAUAAAACGUAUAGUCAAUAUGGGGCAUUAAUAUUCUUUUGUUAUUUAAAAAACACAAAAAAAGAAAAAAUAUAUACAGAUUCCUGUUGUGUAGUAACAGAGCACGUGGAGGGGAACAGCAGCCCCUCGGGGGUUCCUGUCCGCCCACGGUCUUCUGCAACACUGGUAUACACACCCUUAGCGUCCAUUUAUUAUUUAAUUAGAAUGGAUAAGAUGUUAAAUGCCUUGGUUUCAAUUUCUAGUAUCUAUUGUGUUGGCUUUACAAAUAAUUUUUUGCAGUCUUUUGCUGUGCUGUACAUUACUGUAUGUAUAAAUUGUGAAGGACCUGAACUAAGGUGUAAGGAACUUUUGUAAAUGAGACACAUAAAACAAACAAAAAAAAAAAAAAACAAAACUUUAAUGGUUGAUAGGAUGAAGGGGAAAGUAUUUUUGAAAGAAUUCUAUUUUGCUGGAGACUAUUUAAGUACUAUCUUUGUCUAAACAAGGUAAAAAUUUUUUUUGUAAAGUGAAAUGUUCUGCAUGCAUAAUGAACCGUUUACAGUGUAUUUAAGAAAGGGAAAGCUGUGCCUUUUUUAGCUUCAUAUCUGAUUUACCAUUUUACA